GAAGCGGCUCUGGCGCGAGGACCGUAAACUUCCGGCCGGGGUGUCGGGGGACAGUCAGCAGAAUCGUCGCCACAGAAGCGGGUCUGGCUGCCUCAGGGAGCGGAGAGAUGGCGCUGGCCUGCAGGCUGUAGGUGCUGAUGCUUCCUACCGGUAAAGAUGCCAUCCCGAACUAACCUGGCAGCUUCGAUCCCCAGCAGCAAAGUGAAAUAUUCCAAGCUUGCGAGCACAGAUGAAGGCUACAUUGACCUUCAGUUCAAGAGGAGCCCCCCCAAGAUCCCCUACAAGGCCAUUGCUCUGGCCACAGUGCUGUUCCUGAUUGGCACCCUUCUCAUUAUCAUUGGGGGUCUGCUCCUGGCAGGAUACAUCAGCAAAGGAGGAACCGAUCGAGCGAUCCCUGUCCUGAUCAUCGGAAUCCUGGUCUUCCUUCCUGGCUUCUAUCAUUUGCGUAUUGCGUAUUUUGCUUCCAAAGGCUACAGGGGCUAUUCCUAUGACGACAUUCCUGAUUUUGAUGACUAGAAGAUGGCAGAACACAGAUGUUUCUUAGGAAGAGAAGUUUUUGCAACUUUUGCAAAAAAAAAAAAAAAAACACCACAAAAUGAAAAUGGGGGUUUCUGCAGAAUUUCCUUUUGAUUUAGGGGAGAAUGUUGCCACAUCAUGCAAAGCAAAUCAUGUGAGCAGCUGUCACGGGAAACAUGUUUUCUUUGAGAUGGGAAGUUAUUUCUGGGCAGCAAAUGCAGCUGUGCCUCUUAGCCCAGUUCCAUAUGGAGACACGUGAGCCUAAGGGGAAGUAAGAAACUCAGGUGUUUUUGUUUUGGGUUUUUCUUUUUUAAGUCUGUUGGUAUUUCUUCUGAGUUGGCUUUUUAUCUAGAGCUGAACAUCUGCAAAGCGAGAACUGGAACUAGUGGCUGUUGAUUGUGUGACCAAGAAAUCUGUUCAGGCAGGCAGUCUAGCAAUUUGACCUUUUGAGGAACCGGUCGAAAUUUAAGGAAAAUAGACGGUGGCUUUUAACACCACCUAGAACACGACAUUUUCCAAGAAGCCCAAUUACUAGUCCAUGCUGAUACUUUGCUAAACUCUUUUGUGAAAACUGUUGUAGAAUCCCGAGAGCACAAAUCUGGAAGUGGUGUGCAGCUGUCGUGACUCAGGCUGCAAGAUACUGCCAUUCACUCCUGGGAACUGGCCCCGGGGUGGUUCAGCAUAAAACUAAGCGAUACAUAAAAAUAGAGAAAAGACUGAAAACCCAGAAAAAAGCAUGUCCUCCAUGGCAUACACACUCUGUUUCCUCUCAAACAAUGAGUUCAAGAGCAAAAAAGAAACCGUAUAAGAAAGCAUUAAAAGAAUAACACAUGCACACACUUUUGUAAGCCAUGUCCGACAAAGUCUCUCACUUUUGUGGGUGACCCGAAGUACACCAAAGUUGACACACCUCUGUCUGGCUGACCCAGAUUAGAUCAGUUCCAACCUACCAUGCCAAAAGGUUUCCUAUUACGUCUCUCUCCCCCCCCCCCCAGCAGAAUUCAAGUGGGACGCAACUGUUCAAAGAUGCUGUAGUUGUCUGUUCUGUCCACUGUCUAAAUCAGCUUUCCUCAACCUGGUGCCCUCUGGACGUUUUGGACUACAAUGUCCAUCAGCCCCAGCCAGUCCAUGCAAGGUUGAUGAGAGCUGUAGGACAAAGUACCUGGAGGGCUCCAUCUUUAGAGGAGGCUAGUCUAAAUGCUAUGCAGUGUUCCUGAACUGUAUACAUAGAAAAAUCCUAGUCUGCAUAAUAAGAGUUCCUUUUGUUUUGUCUAAACCUCUGCUUAAGUCUGGAUUCCACGCUAGGUUCACACAGCUUUUAGAAUGCAAAAGAGGAUGUAUGCAAUGAGAUUUUAAUUUGUGCUUGCAGAAUAUGUAAUUAAUAUAAAUAAAGAACAUACAAUAUUCUACCUUGA